CAGCCAUGCUUCUCUUUUAAUUUUAAGUCUUCUACAGGACUAAUUAAAUAGAGGAUUAUGAUCUUUCUGGAUUUUCCUAUAUAAACUGCUUGCACGAGAAGCAUAUUGAGAGGAUUCAACUGGAGAUUAAAUACAAAAUAAAGAAGCAAAAAUGAGAGAAGAAAAUGAGUAUGAAGCAGAACCAAGGGAGAGAACUUUGGGUUUAACACCAACGUGGUCCGUUGCUACAGUUCUGACAGUUUUUGUAGUUGUUUCUUUGAUCGUUGAGCGUUCCAUUCAUCGGCUUAGUACCUGGUUGCAGAAAACAAAGAGAAAACCAUUGUUUGCUGCAUUAGAGAAAAUGAAAGAAGAGCUGAUGCUGCUUGGAUUCAUAUCUCUUCUUCUUACAGCUAUCUCUAGUACAAUAGCUAACAUAUGCGUUUCUUCAAGUUUCUACGACAAUAGAUUUGUCCCAUGUUCCCGGUCUGAGAUCAACGAGGAACAUGAAAGUACUAUUUCAUCGGUCAAACGGACUAAGUUAACGAGAUCUCCCUUCCUUCACAUCUUGAGGAGAAGAUUGGUUGGCAUAGGCGAGACUACAUGCAGCGAGGGACAUGAGCCAUUUGUUUCAUAUGAAGGCAUGGAACAGUUGCAUCGCUUCAUAUUUAUAAUGGCAGUCACACAUGUAACUUACAGCUGCUUGACUAUGCUCCUUGCAAUCGUGAAGAUUCAUAGGUGGAGGAUGUGGGAAGACGAGGCUCAGAUGGAUCGAAAUGAUCGCUUAACUGUGGACGCACGUGAAAAGAUAUUAAGAAGGCAAACCACAUUCGUCCAAUACCAUACAUCAGCUCCUGUGGUCAAGAAUAGACUACUUAUAUGGGUGAUAUGUUUCUUCCGACAAUUUGGGCACUCCGUUGUUCGUCCUGACUAUCUUACACUCCGCAAAGGAUUCAUCAUGAACCACCACCUAACAUUGACAUACGAUUUUCAUAGCUAUAUGAUCCGCUCUAUGGAGGAAGAGUUCCAAAAGAUUGUCGGGGUCAGCGGGCCACUUUGGGGUUUUGUAGUUGCUUUCAUGCUUUUUAACAUCAAAGGAUCAAAUCUUUAUUUCUGGUUAGCGAUAAUUCCAAUCACUCUUGUUCUUUUUGUUGGUGCUAAGUUGCAACAUGUAAUCGCAACUUUAGUUUUGGAGAAUGCUGGGAUAACAGAAUAUGCUUCCGGCUUAAAGCUGAGACCACGUGAUGAACUUUUCUGGUUCAAGAAACCAGAAUUACUCUUAUCCCUUAUCCAUUUCAUUCAGUUUCAGAAUGCUUUCGAACUGGCUUCAUUCUUCUGGUUUUGGUGGCAAUUUGGAUACAACUCUUGCUUCCUAAGAAAUCAUUUACUUGUCUACUUGCGACUUAUUCUAGGGUUUGCUGGACAAUUUUUAUGUAGCUAUAGCACAUUGCCACUCUAUGCCCUUGUCACGCAGAUGGGAACAAACUAUAAGGCAGCUUUGUUACCUCAAAGGGUAAGAGAGACAAUCAACGGUUGGGGAAAAGCAACUAGAAGAAAAAGAAGGCAUGGGUUAUAUGGUGAUGAUUCUACUAUUAGAACAGAAACAAGCACAGUUGCAUCAGUUGAAGAAUACGAUCAUCAAGUUCUUGAUGUUCCUGAAACCUCUCUAGCUCAAGGUACUGAGCAUGAGAUGCAGCUUGUUCAACGUUGGGAAGAUUCUAUCUCAGUACCUAAUGAAAAUUCCAGUAGAGUUGGAACACCGCUCUUGAAACCUUGUGCUUCAGUAUCUUCAGCGUCAAGGUUACAGACAGAAACCACUGAAUCACUUUCAAGAUCGUCUUCAUUGCCUGUGAAAAGAUAA